UUGAGCUGGUUUGGCCUUUGACACUUCAACCAAUUCUGUCAUUGAUUGCACGUCUCGCUUGUUGUUGUUGUGUGUGCGUCCUCCAUCUUAACGUCGAACAAUGGAUGAAGAAGCAUUGGGCUCGCCUCUCUUAGGGCCUGCCGGCUUCCACGAGAGCCCAUCUCGUAGAUCGUUAUGGGAUUGGUUGAACGGUCCGCCAGUCCCCAGUGAUGAUCCUCCAAGGGUAACGAAUACACUGCUUGUGCCCCUGGAGCUGUUUCCAAGCCAGCUGAAGAUGAGGUACCCAUAUCGAAUCCGAGCACUGUUCCUGUGUGCCUAUAUCGUGAUCUGGUUCAUGAUGAACUAUGCCAUUAUGUACCCUCAUCUGAUUCGAGGACCACAUCUUGACGACGAGCGUAUUGUGACGUUGAGCUGUACAGGCGAUGGCUACUUCUGGCGUGGUAAGAACCAGGCCUGUGGGCUGCUGGGGAGAGACUGUGUGCCCGAGAGAGGCGAAGAGGUCAUCAUCAAGUGCCCUGCGCUCUGUGAUAGAGGCUGGUCGUACGCUGCGAGACCCGUGGGCACUGAAAUGGUGAAAUAUAGGCAAGGAGACUCGUAUCCGUGCUCGAGUGCUGUUCAUGGAGGUGUGCUUUCGCCUUUCUCUGGAGGAUGUGUUAAGAUCAAAUUCACGGGCGUGGGACUCUCAUUUGAAUCCAAGAAGGGGCCUCAUGGCACCAAUUGGUCUGUUGGCUUCCCUUCUUUCUUCCCAAGUAGUUUUGUCUUUGAGCCGUUGAAUGAGUCGAUUUCCGGGUGCCACGAUCCAAGGUUUAUCAUCCUCAUCCUCAACAUUCUACUCGGUGCUCCAGUGAUGUACUUGGCUGGUGGCCUUGUUGGAUACUGGACAUCCUUGGUGGCUGGUUUCUGGACCAUCUUGCUCGUUCUAGACCCUCCGUUCAUCGUGAACUCAGACGAGGACACUGCACAGCUCAUCUCCAAUGGCUUUGCUAAGUUCUUGCCUCUCUGUUUCGUUCUACAUGUUCUUUGGACUGCUGGCUGUAAACGGACGCUAACAGAUGGCAGUCCAUUGGCCAAGCUUCUCCUGUGGUAUCCUCUGUUCUGGGUUGGCAGUGCCAACGUCAUCACCUUUGAUCGCAUUCCAAUUGACAGAAUGCGAAUCGACGACAUCAAGCAGAUGCCAGGCUCAGUGCUGGCCAUCAUCGUCGUCAUCCCCCUGAUCAUCGCAUGUGUUGCUCUCCAGGCUUUCCAGAUAUGGAAGGCUGGCAAGCUCAUCAAGUACGCAAAGGCCUACGUGACGAUCAUUGUGGGCCUCGCAGUGCUAUCAACGCUUCCGAACCUGGGCCUUAGAAUCCACCACUAUAUGAUUGGAAUGCUGUUGGUGCCUGGAACAGGCACCAGAGGCAUCACCGCAUACCCUCUACAGGGCCUUUUACUGGGGCUUCUACUAUCAGGAGUCGCUAGAUGGGACUUCGCCUCCGUUGUGGAGACUGAGGUGAGCCUACUGCGUGGUGAAGCCGGUACAUCUUCAGCUCCACCACCAGGGUUCCAGUUCAACGGAACACACGUUCUAUGGGACGUACCAGAGCAUCCACCAAGCAACUUGCCAGGCUACUCGUUAAUCGUGAACGACGUUGAGUUCUGGGUUGGCGAAGACACCAGCUUCAAUGUUGAGAGAUUCCUCAAGCAUGCGGAUGUGGUGUUCUUCCGUGUUGCUCUGAGUGCGUUACACGGUGAUGAUAGAGGUGAUUAUACACGAGCUGCCACUAUCAUCAAUGGAACAUGGAUUCCACCAGAGGAUGGUGUGAGUUGAAGCUGAGCAUGGCUGUUUGACGGUGAGCUAGGGGACCGUUGAUAGCGAAUAUUGGUAGCGAAUAUUGAUAGCAAAUAUUGGUAGCG